GAUGAGCAGUGCUCAAAAUUCUCCUCGCUCAUUCGCUACAUGAGCUUUCAGUCAGGGAGAUCGAGUGUUUUUCAGGAAGUGCGUUGCUCAGAACGAAACUUUGUUGAUGGAACGCUGGUUGCGGUGGCGUGUGUAAAGUUUUGAGGAGACAGAGAAGGACAAACAGACACGAGGUGGAACUGGAUCCAGGGUCCUAAUCAUUUGUGAUUGUUGGUAUAUUCAGCCCACUUGUAAUACACUGACAGCAGGUGGAUACAGCACUUACUUGGGUGACAGGCAUGGCUGCAGUAAGGAAAGAGACCAGCCUGAAAGAUGAGCUGACCUGUGCCAUCUGCUAUGACCUGUUCACGGAGCCGGUGAUGCUGGGCUGCAUGCACCACUUCUGCAAGGCCUGCAUCGUGACGUUCUGGAGGGGGGUCCGGGGCCCGGUGUCCUGUCCUCAAUGCAGGCACGAGUUCCCCAGCAAACACUUUCAGACCAACUACCUGGUGGCAGGUGUGGUGGAGAGGGUCAAGGCUACAAGCACUGAGGGCUACGUGACAAAACUGCAGAAACAAAUGAAGGAUUCACUGAGAGAUCACCAUACCAAGAGGGAUGACUUUCUGAACAUGAUUCAGCGUGAUGAAGAGAAGAUUGGCUGCAUUCAGCGCUCCUGUGCCGAGCUGCAGAGGAAGGUCCAGGGCGAGUUUCAGCUCCUGCACCAGAUGAUUCAGGACGAGGAGGCGUCGGUGCUGGAGCAGCUGAAGCGGGAGGAGGCGGAGCUGCUGAGCCAGCUGGGCACACACCUGCAGCAGCUGAGGGAAGCCGUGAGGGAGGCGGAGGAGAGCAUGGGGCUCCUGCAGCGCACCAUGGACAGCAUGGAGCACAGCAUCGUGGUGGAGGCCCCAGAAAUGAACCUCAGAUCAUCAGUCGGAAAGGAACCAAAUGUAAACUUCAACCUUAUCGUUAGUAAGUACACGGGCCCCUUGCAGUACAUCGUUUGGAAGAAGAUGGCCAAGCUUCUCAAACCUGCACCAGCUCCGCUGACCUUUGACCCCGAGACUGCCCACCCUAACCUGAUCCUUUCCCGAGACCGACAGUCGGUAGCAGAGUGCAACGAGAAGCUGUCCCCCCGCAGCCACCCCAAGCGCUUCGACCAGUGCGUGAACGUGCUGGCAGCACAGGGAUUCGCCUGUGGGAGCCACUACUGGGAGGUGGAGGUGGGGAGGAAGACCAAGUGGGACCUGGGUGUGGCUCUAGGAUCUGUCGACAGGAAAACGAGGGUCAAACUGUGCCCCGAAAACGGCUACUGGACCCUCCGGCUGCGCAAUGGGAAUGAGUACUGGGCAGGCACUCGGCCCUGGACCCCCCUGCGCCUUCACAGCGCCCUCUGUAGGGUUGGUGUUUUUCUGAACUGUGAGGAGGGGAGGGUAUCUUUCUACAAUGCUGAGGAUAUGAUGCUGCUCUUCACCUUCUUUAGCAGCUUUAGUGGGAAGGUCUUUCCUUUCUUCAGCACCUGCUUCAAUGACGGGGGCAGGAAUGCAGAGCCGAUGCGCCUCUGUCACCUCAGCCUUUAAAACCUGCUCACACAUGGCAUUUGGGGUCGUGUUCCCGGAGCCUAUUGUAUGUGUGAGCUGUUCAGAUGCUUAUGCAUCUCUGAAUGUACUCUUUUUUUUUUCUAUUGAUUUGUUCAUAUGCUUAUGCAUCUCUGAAUGUACUCUUUUUCUAUUAAUUUGUUCAUAUGCUUAUGCAUCUCUGAAUGUACUCUUUUUCUAUUGAUUUGUUACUACAUUUUUAAAUACCAAAGGCAGUGCAUGUAAUGUUCAAACAACUGAAUACUGAAGUAUUUUGCACCGGUUGCUGCAAUGCCAAUAUGAACGUGCAGUGUGCCAAACACAGAUGGAAAUCAAGUAGAAUGACAAUUUUGGCUUGCUAUGAGUUAUUUUCUUGGGGAAAACUCAACUGCCUGUGUUGUUUCGCAGAUGGGACAUUCUUACAGAAUAACAGACCUGGCCACCCCCGCUGUUGAAAGCUGUCCCAACUGACUGCUUUAGGGAGCAACUGAAAGCCAUGGAGUUUGUCAACAUUCGGGCCAAUAUAUAAAAUCUGUUGAUUUUUCUAAUGAUAUUUCUUGCCACCUUCUCUUGUCAGGGCCCCCUUGAAAUUUGAGAUGUCUAGCUCAAGGGUUCUCUCCUGGUUAAAGUAAAAUACAUUUGAAAUUUGAAUGUGGGUUAACAUUGUGUUAUUUGAGAAACUGUCAGACUGUUUCGCUGUAACCUAACAUAAUAAAAUAUGUUUUGCUGGGUUGGAAAUGGACUGUGCAUGUUCUUUUCACAUUCAUCAUUCCUUCUGUCACCAACCUGCUGUGAGGCCAUACU